GGUGGGGCGCGUGCGGCGGCAUGGAGGGGCCUGGGGCUGCUGCGCGGGGGAACGUCUCCCUACACAACUUCAGCGCGAGGCUGUGGGAGCAGCUCGUCCACUUCCACGUCAUGCGGCUGACGGACUCGCUUUUCCUGUGGGUGGGGGCCACGCCGCACCUGCGCAACCUCUCCGUGGCCAUGUGCACCCGCUACGACCCCAUCCCUGUGUCCACUGCCCUCCUUGGGGACAUGUCCGACACGACGUCCACCGGCCUCGCCCAGCGCUUAGGUGGAGUCCAGCCUUUCUGGUACGUGCACUCCUUUCCAGAAGCCGGUGGUGCUCAGGGUACGACAGCUGUGGCGUCAUGCAGACAGGAACGUAAGGACAGGCCAGGACCGGGUGCAGGUUUGUGCUGGGAGCAGGCACCUCCAGGCGUCCCGUCCGUACGCAGGCCACACGGUUCUCACACAGAAACCUCUGGCCCGGGGCUGCUGGGCCACCGGGGCACCCCCAGCGGCGCGCAGGCCGCACCACGUCGCCACCACCCUGUGGCCCAGGGGCUCGUCCUUCCGCGGCGCCUCAGCCGCCCUCGUGUGGCACCAGGAAGUGGUAUUGCGGGCAGUACUUCCUCUGGGCCGUUUCUUUCUCCUGCUGUUCUGUGGCCGGACCGGCUUGCCCGCCCCCGUGCCCCUAGUCGCAAGUGGUAUUGUAGUCUUUCAGAUAACACUUAAAACUUUUACUGAGUGUUUUGGGUGCUAACAGGCAGGGUAUUGGGUGAGUAUCGGGUGAGUUGUUACUGGUUUCCAGACAGGAAGAGAAGGCAGGAGGAUCACGUUUGUGCCUGACUCGUUGGAAGGGGGUCCCGGCUCCUGGGGGGCUGGGACUGAGGGCGCGGCGUGAUGCCAGAGGAGGAGCUGGACGUUCCCGGGCAGCGGGCUGGGUGAGCCGGGUGGCGGACGUGCAGCGGCAGGCGCCUGAGAAGUGUCUCUCCCCUAAGCACGGAGGGGCCUGGGCCGAGGGGUCCACGCGUGAGCACGGGGGUCUCGCGGAGCAGGCAGGACCGGCCCCGGCUGGGCUUGGGGCUGCCUCGCCCGCGUGGUGUGGGGUCUCACGGGGCUCGGCCCACGGGAAGCUUCUCUGCUUUGGCCAUGCUCACAGCUGUCCCUCGGGACCAGCCUGACCCAGGGCCGCAGGAGGGGGCAUGGAGGAGCCAGGAACCUCCCCUCCCUCACA